CUGCUAAUCAUUAUUGGGCAUAGAAAAGAUUAACAGAGAAAGAGAGAAAAGAUUUUUAUUUUAAACAAAAGCCAUCUUCAUCGUGUGACACAGAACAUUGUCCUUAAACAUGGAGCAGGAGGUGAACAGGCCAACUUGGAGCAGGCAGAUAGAGUUUACUUUGGCUGCAAUUGGCAGUGCCGUUGGUCUAGGAAACGUGUGGAGAUUUCCCUAUCUAUGUUACAGGAGUGGUGGAGGUGCUUUCCUAGUUCCAUACCUCCUCAUGCUGGUGGUCUUGGGGAUUCCACUCGUGCACAUGGAGCUGGCACUGGGACAGUAUCUCAGAAGGGGGCCAAUUCAGGCACUGGCUAAAGCUUGCCCUCUGCUAAAAGGGGUUGGCCUGGCCACGGUGGCCAUUUCCUUCAUAAUGUGCACUUAUUACAAUGUCAUCAUCACUUGGGCCCUGUAUUACCUGUUCAGCUCGUUCCAGAGUCCGUUGCCCUGGGAGAACUGCAACAACACCUGGAACAGGCCCAACUGCACUGACCAUAUGACCAACAGCUCCUCCUCCAGCACCGCCAGCCAGCAGUUCUUCAACUACAGGGUGCUGGAGCAGACGAGCGGAGUGGAGGAGACGGGGACUGUGCGGUGGGAGCUCGUCCUCCUGCUCCUGGUGGCCUGGGUCCUCUGCUACCUCUGCAUCUUCAAGGGAGUCAAAUCUACUGGGAAGGUUGUCUAUUUCACAGCUCUCUUCCCCUACGUCAUCUUGGUGACCUUGCUGAUUAGCAACAUGCAGCUGCCUGGAGCCAUGGCAGGGGUCCGUUUCUUCAUAGUCCCCGAGUGGGAGAAACUCAAGUCGGUGGAGGUAUGGGUCAAUGCUGCAGCUCAGAUCUUCAACUCCCUUAACAUUGGUUAUGGCUCGUUGAUAGCUAUGUCCAGCUACAGUGCCUUCAACAAUAAUAUCCUAAAAGAUACCCUGACCGUCACCAUUGUCAAUUCCCUGACCAGUAUCUUGGCUGGCUUUGUCAUCUUUUCAGCAUUUGGCUACAUGUCAUACCUACAGGGCAUUCCAGUCAGUGACAUUGCUGUGGAUGGUCCAGGCCUCGUGUUCGUGGUUUACCCACAAGCCCUUGUGACAAUGCCGGUAGCUCCCCUCUGGGCCGUUCUCUUCUUCUUCAUGCUGCUCUGCCUGGGUCUGGAUAGUCAGUUUGCGAUGGUGGAGGUGAUGGUGACCAGUCUCCUGGAUGCCUUCGACGGGGCGAUUCUGAGGUAUCUGAAGCGCAAAGAGUUUGUCAUCCUCGCCGUCUGCUUCACAGCGUUCCUCCUCGGAAUCCCUCACGUGAUGCAGGUGGGGAUCUACGUGUUCCAGCUAAUGGACCACUACACAGCCAUCGUGUCCAUCCUGUUCCUAGCCUUUUUUGAAGUGGUGGCCGUUUGUUGGAUAUAUGGAGUAAAACGACUCUCUCAGAACAUCGAGGAGAUGACAGGAAAGAAGCCAAGCAUCUUCUUCACCAUGUGCUGGAUAGUGAUCUCUCCCAUAAUAGUCGCGGCAAUCCUGGUGUUUUCCGUCAUUCAGUUCAAACCAGCCCGCUACGAUAGCUAUGUCUACCCUCCGUGGGCUCAGGGGAUUGGCUGGAUUAUCGCCAUGGCUUCCAUCAUCUGGAUCCCUAUUGCGGCUGUUCACACGCUGUGGGUCCUGCCUGGUUCUUUCAAGGAGAAACUACAGAAAUCGGUCUCCCCAUUUGCACUUGAUAAUACUUCAAAACACCCUGAUAAUUUGGAAAAGAUAACAAAGACUGAAGUUGUGACCACUGUGCCCCUUCCGGAGAAGUCUAUGGUUCAGACCCAUCUCUGAACUCUCAUUGUCACACCUCGAUGGAAUCUGUCCUCUACACAUACUCUUCUUCUAUGGACAGCACAUUAAGCUGGUUCACCUGUACAGGUCCGCACUUUUGAUGGAGCCAAACCCUGAAGCCUGACUGCCGCCCCUGUUUCUUCAGUGCAACCAAUUAACCUCCCUAGCUAUUGACAUGUGACUCUUGUGUAUCGUAGGACCCUCUUCAAAAAUGAGAUGUGACUUCUCAAGGGGCUUGUCCUGCUAAUAAAUAAAUUUGAAUUAAUAACCUUAGUGUUCAGUUAUGGGCUGUUUCAAACGUCUAGAAAAAGAGGAACCUUUAAUAUAAAUCACAUUAUCACAAAUAAAUGACACUUUCGUUUUUAAA